AGACGCUAUAUACUCUCUAUUAUUUGUCAAAGAAAAUUAGAUUUGAUUGGCUAGGUUUUCAGAGAACACUACAACGAUUGCAUCGUUACUUCUCUUUCAAGGAAUUUAGAUUUGAUAUCAUUCAAGGGUUUCGUAUUGAAGAUUAAAGUUACGAUCUAGGGUUCUUCUCUCAUCACUCACUGUAUCUGGAUCCCUCCUCGAUGAAUUCUUCAGACAUCUCGAUCAUCUCGGAAAAGAUGGAAUCUAUGUCAAUGAAUCACCGUGUUGUGCGUCACUGUCACAACAAGAAAUUACAACAGUCUAGAUAUUCUCCGUACAGUAAAGAGAAUAUCAUCAGUACCAUUGAGAAGGAGAUGCAGAAAGAUGAGGCUAUACGAUUGGGAGUUGAGCUCUCGCUCUUUGUGGCUGAAACAAUGGUCUUAUUAUCUGACAACCUACGUUCUAUGUUACUGUUCUGUCUUUGGGUAUUGACGAAUGCAGAGUGCACAUAUUUCACCGAUCCCGUGGUAGGAAGGUUGCAUUGUGUUAUGCUAUAUGUGUUAGAAACAUAUAUCAAACCUAAGAAUGGUGUCUAUCUGGCUGAUGUCAAAUCGAACCAAUGGGAAGUUUUCGUAAAGUCUUGCAAGAGUUUUGUUUUUGGAAUCAGAGAAUUGGAUCGCAUUGUAUUGAUUCUCGGAAAGAGAGAAAGCUCUUCUUGUGAGGUAGUGAAAACGUCUGAUUUUGAACACUGUAACCAAGAGCUGAAGAAGCUAGAGGAGACGUUGAGGUCUGCCAAAGAUGUUUCAGAAGCGAAUGGAUUCGCGAGAGAAGUGAUAAAGUCUAACAUACUUUGUUUGUGGAAGUCUCUCUUUGAAACAUCACAACCCAAGGUGAUAAACCUUAAGAAUAGAACUCUUGAUAUGUUUAAGCCUCUCUUGAACCAAGCAAGGGAGAUUACUUGCUCUAGUCUUAUUGCUUCAUUACACAUAUGAAUUAACGUUUCUUAGAUUCGAUGAUUUUCAUUUAAGAAUUGAGUGUUGUUACAUAUUGGUGUUUGCCUUUUAUUCAGCUUAUAUAUUUUUAUACGUUUCAAACUUUUCUGUGUACAUCAUCCCGUAAGUGUACGUAAGACAAAAAUCAUGAGUUAGAAGAAGGUGGUAAUAAUCAAUGGUGUUAAAACUCUACUUAUGAAGCAUCAUCAAGUAUGGUGUGUUAUCAAAAUAUGAAUUAACGUUUCUUAGAUUCGAUGAUUUUCAUUAUGCAUAUUGCUCUUUGCCUUUUAUUCAGCUUAUCUAUUUCUAUACGUUUCAAACUUUUCUGUGUACAUCAUCACGUAAGUGUAAGAUAAAAAUCAUGAGUAGAAGAAGGUGGUAAUAAUCAAAUGGCGUUAAAACUCUACGAUAAGAAGCAUCAUCAAGUAUGGUGUGUUAUCAAA